UCAGCACAGAGAAAGAACUGAGAUAACCUUUUAUAACCUCAUCUUCUCAAGUGUACACAUCAAUAAUGCAUAGCGUAGCUUUGCUUUUUAUUAAUGUUUGCUUCGUCGGCUGGAUUGCGGCUUUUGAUAUCGAUAAAACACAAUUGACCGUUAACAUAAAGGGAAGUGAGAUAACGGUAUCAGUGCCUGAUGAUCGUGAACUAAUAUCGGUUUUCUUUUCAACGGAAUUUAACGAUGAGUGUACUUUCGGGUACACCUUUUUUCAAAAUUUCAAUAAUAGCAGUUCCUUGGCCUAUAAGCAAGAUAUCAAAAAGGAACUGAAGAACGAUGAUGAGAUACGUAUACUCGGCGUUUUUCAAACUACAGAUCAAGUGAUAAGAAAAAAUUACGAUUUCAAAAUUGAUGAUCAAGGUAAUUUAGUCAAGCAGGAAAUAUUGGAAAAUUUGACUGAGGAAUGUAAAUGCAUUCAAUCUCAAACGGAAGUGCAUUUUAAAAAUGUUCAAAAAUGUAGCGAUACUCUUUUAUUUGAGGAAAACUUUAAUGAAAAUCUCUCCAAUUGGAAACAUGAGUUACGAUCGAGGGUCGGAGGAAGUUUUUUAACCAGGGAAUUUGUUGCUUAUGUAAAAGACAAGGAUAAUUGUUUCUUAGAUAAUGGGUCUUUGCAUAUAAAAGCUAGUUGGGUUUACGGAAAUUAUAAAAAAUUCCCGAAAUUAGAAGAGUGCACGAGUCAAACAAAUGCUGAUAAAUUUAAAUAUGAAUGUGGACCAUACUCUGAAAAUGCACAGGUUGCACUGCCUGCUGUAUACUCGGCAAAGUUGCACACUAAGGACAGCUUUCGCUUCAAGUAUGGCCGCGUGGAAAUCCGUGCUAAAUUACCAAUCGGUGACUGGCUAUUCCCAUAUCUUAUCCUGCAGCCCGUUAACAGUAAAUGUGAUGAUGAUAAUGUAAAUCAUAUACGCAUUGGAUAUACGCGGGGAAAUAAAUUUUUGCAUGAUAAGAACAUUAACCAAAUUGGUGGUAACACUUUGUUUGGAAGCGUCGUUCUGUGGCGUGAUGGAAGAAAUUUCACAGAGUAUACGCAACAAAUGCCUGGUUUGCCAGAACAGCAUUACGGCGAUGCUUUUCAUAAUUAUACUAUGAUUUGGAGAAAGGAUCGGAUUAUAUUUAAGGUUGAUGGGUUUAACUAUGGCGAAAUAACAAAUCGGGACGUUCUUAAUGAAAUAAACAAGAAUGAGUGCUUCUUUGUAUUGGGUCUGACUGCAGGCGGCGCAGUUAAUUUCCCGGAUAGUGUGCUCGAUAGCCAAAAGUUUUACAAAAAUCAUGACGCCAAAAAUUCAUUUAUCUUUAGUGAGAACACAAAUCUAAAGAAAACCUGGUCAAAUCCAGAACUGGUUAUCGACUAUAUACGCGUUUACACUACUCAUGGAAAUGAAGAAUAAUGUUUAAAUCAAUUUAUCUGCAAAUAUGCAUGUUCAAGACUAAAUAAAAGCGAAGACCGUAAAAGUUGUAGCUAAAAAAAAAUUGU